GCACCUAGACAGGAAGAGCCGUUCAGUAUGCACGUGUGGGAGAAUUUAUUUUUUAUGAUUGGCCCGGGAAAGCAUUUCCUGUGAUAUUUGCGUCGAUUCUGAAAGGAGGGGAUCGUUCUUUAUUGUUUUAAAUAAGAUGGAAGGUCUUUCAGAAUCUUUCGCAGCUCAAUUUACGGUUUCUUCGGAACCAAACGACACUGCAGCUCCACAUCCGAGGAUGGCACAGUAUAAAACAAAACCCAGCAAUACUCCAGAUCAGUUUCUACGGAGACAAAGGAUGUUGGAGGGGCAGAAAAAACGCAGACGAGACUUUGUGAACUAUGCAAGGAAACUGGUUGAGGGAUCCUUAGAAGUGGAUGAUAUUGAGACAGAGGAGAUGGAAUUUGUAGAGGAACAUGACAAAGAUCACAGGAGAGGUUACAAGAAGAAGUUCAACCCUUAUGCAUAUCAGCUUAUGUUAUCAGAGUGGCUUGUUGAUGUUCCUGAUGAUUUAGUUCAAGAGUGGUUCAUGGUUGUUUGUCCAAUGGGCAGGAGAAAUCUUGUUAUUGCUGCAAAUGGGUUUACUGCUGCUUAUACUAAGAGUGGCUACAGAGUGAACAAGUUUUCCUCAUUACUCCCAGGGGGAAGCCCAAAGACUCUUAAACCAGGAGAUCACACCAUUCUGGAUUGCAUCUUCAAUGAAGUAACAAAUACAUUUUAUGUGUUGGAUGUCAUGUCUUGGAGAGGUCACCCAGUGUAUGACAGUGAGACAGAUUUUAGGUUUUACUGGCUACAGACAAAGCUUCAAGAAGAACCAUUAGUUACACAAGUGUCCACUCAAAACCCAUACAGGUUUGUCAGUCUGCCUCAUUGUCCCUGUGAUGACACGUCCAUUCAACAAGCCUUGUCCGGUGCUUCUUCAGCAUCUGAGGUCGAUGGCCUGCUGUUCUUCCACAAAAGAACGCAUUAUACAUGUGGACGAACACCGCUUGUCGGCUGGCUGAAACCGCACAUGCUUCCCGAAAUUCUAGGCGUCUCUGUACCUGAAGCAUACCUAGAAAAGGCUCCGCCAGUUAAUAAACUUACACUUCUCAAGUCAAACAGAGAUUUGCGAGAGGGCGACGAAGAAAAAAGGAAUGCUACUGAGAAGUGUGUCUUGGAGGAGAAAAUGGACACUCAAUCUACUCAGAAAACAAAAGGAAGGCAGAGAAGAAAAAAUGGUAGAGAAAAUGCAACGAGAAUGGAAGUGGAGGAAGAUUCAACAGACAAGAAAGGGUUUGAGGAUGAAGCAGUGGAUUGCAGCGUAAAAAUGGAAGUUUCACAAAACAUCACUCGGUCGCGAGGCAGAAGGAAAAAGGAGCACCAUCAUUUGGACACUAGUCAAACCAACGAAAAUUAAUACUGUGAAGUGUUGAUCAAGACUUAAGUGGGGGCAAAAGUUAUAUUUUUGGAAAUAGAACCUGUUAUAUUUGACAGUCAACUGAAUUGUUCAUGCCCUGCAAAUGGACUGAUAUAGCUUUGGAAAACAAAGCCACUUCCUGGCAAAUUCUACUGGCGUGUUCGGGAGAGAACGGACAUCUUUCACGAUGACUCGUACACUGUAAAUUAAAGUAUUGAUCAAACGGUAAUAGUUUGAUUUACCAGACGUAUUACAGGCGUAAACGAUGAGAUGAAGUUAGUCACAGCUGAUUUUAUUGCGUUUCAUGUUUUUAUUGCGUGGUUCAAAUCAACCGGGUCUGUUUUCUGAAGUUGUACCCUGACCUAGCCCGAAUUUUACUUGUUAUCUGAUUAAAAGAAAAAAGUAAAUACGUGA